AUGGUGAACUACGGAACACACAGUAGUGAGGCUUUGAGAGUGCUGAAAACGCCUAAGUUUGUAUCAAAGUAUGGCAACGUAACGAGCAAGCAACGCUUUUUCCUUAAAUGGAAGAUACAAGACAAGAUCUGCGAGAGCAAAUACCAAGAGUACUUGAAUGAGUACAACACCUUUGUGCUUUAUGAUUGGGAAGGCAGCAACGCCGCUACUGCCGGCGACGAUUCUUCUUACAAUAUGCCCUACCUGUGGCAAGAAUUCAUAAGGGAGGGAGUGUCGACAGGAAAGAUAAACGACAGGCUUCCGACGGUCUUCAUGAAGAAGAAAUUGAGGAACUCUGCCAUGGGUCGCUGCUUGGGGCUUGAGUUCCUCACUGAGCCCAGCCAGUCGACGCACGAAUACCGGUGUUUGUUUCAGACAGUACAGGAUAUCACGUACCUGUCGCAAUUGCUCCUAUUCAAUAGCACACAAAACAUCCCGAUGAGGUUGAAAGUGCACACCAUCGGCAUAAAUAUCAACUCUGGCCCCAAACGUUCCGUGGUCGGCAAUGCCAGCGACACUGGCAUGAACGAAGCGGUCUCGUAUAUCCAGCCGCUGCUGGAAGAAUCCUCUCGGAUGUACCGCAACCUGAACUACUGGAAGCUUCUAAAGAUAGCACGUAGAGACGCACAUAAUGAACCUCUGGACGGGAGCACAAGCAUCAAGUCGCAAGUCAAGCUUUUACUGGACCAACUGGCCAYGAACCAGAUGACCUCGCCCUCGAUCACCGACCACAAGGGUCACAACUGGCUUGUAUUCACAAGAAGUCAGUAG